AUGGCGCUGCGAGCGGUGCGGAGCGUGCGGGCUGCGGCCUGCGGUCUGCGCGUCGCCUCCGCGCCCUCUGCACCCUGCCUGACGCGGCCCUGGGGGCUGAGGGCAGGCGCCGUCCCGACACUGCGCACGGGCUCCGCUCUGCUCUCCGUGCGUAAAUUCACAGACAAACAUGAAUGGAUAACAACAGAAAAUGGUAUUGGAACAGUGGGAAUCAGCAAUUUUGCACAGGAAGCUCUGGGAGAUGUUGUUUACUGUAGUCUGCCUGAAGUUGGGACAAAACUGAACAAACAAGAUGAGUUUGGUGCUUUGGAAAGUGUGAAAGCUGCUAGUGAACUCUAUUCUCCUCCAUCAGGAGAAGUAACUGAAAUUAAUGAAGCUCUUGCAGAAAAUCCAGGACUUGUCAACAAAUCUUGUUAUGAAGAUGGUUGGCUGAUCAAGAUAGCACUCAGUGAUCCCUCAGAACUGGAUGAAUUAAUGAGUGAAGAAGCAUAUGAGAAAUACAUAAAAUCUAUUGAGGAGUGA